AUGGAGCACUUUCAAGGGGCCUGGAAGACCCUCAACAAUGGGUUUGGAUUAAAAGACUCUGUGUUUGACAACUCCUGCAUGUCCCCCACCAUCAUCAAAGGGUUUCCAUACCAGAGGCGCGCUUCGGAUGAUGGCAAAAUCCCAGACUCUUCCAAAACUAGCAGCACAAUCCGAGUUUACCUACCCAACAAACAACGCACAGUUGUGAAUGUGCGACCAGGCCUCACCCUGCACAACUGCCUCAUUAAAGCACUCAAGGUUCGAGGACUUCAGCCAGAAUGCUGUGCUGUCUUCAGGCUAAACCCAGAUCAGAGGAGUAGAAAGUCCCGUGUGGACUGGAACACAGACUCAACCUCACUGAUAGGGGAGGAGCUGCUUGUGGAAGUUUUAGACCAUGUUCCCCUGACCACCCACAAUUUUGUUAGAAAAACCUUUCUGAAGUUGGCAUUCUGUGAUAUAUGUCAGAAGUUUCUUUUAAAUGGCUUCCGAUGUCAGACGUGUGGCUACAAAUUCCAUGAGCAUUGUAGCACCAAAGUCCCCACCAUGUGUGUGGACUGGAGCAACAUUCGACAGCUCUUGCUGUUCCCCAGUCCUGGUGAAAGUGGCUCUCUCUCUCUCCCUCCACUCACGUCACGGCGGAUGCGAGAUUCUCUGUCCAAAUUCCCUGCUAGUGCUCAUCACAGACACUCCACACCUCAUGUCUUCAACUACAUUGCACCACUCCCACCCUCAGAGGGCGCACUCUCUCAGCGUCAACGCUCAACAUCCACUCCCAAUGUUCACAUGGUCAGUACCGCUGGACCCGUGGACAGCAGUACAAUUGAGGAAGCUUUAAGAAGUCACGAAUCUGAAAAUACGCCAUCCUAUCAUCUCUCUUCAUCUCCCUCCUUCUUUUUCUCCCCCCACACAGGGAGCCCUCCGAACGUAAGCCCUACUGGAUGGUCCCAGUCUAAAACUCCAGCUCCGGUCCACAGGGAGAAAGCCCCUUCAUCAAGUUCUCAGGAUAAAAACAGAAUACGCCCAAGAGAAAAGAGAGAUUCCAGUUACUACUGGGAGAUUGAAGCCAGUGAAGUGGUUCUCCAGUCCAGGAUUGGCUCGGGUUCUUUUGGGACGGUUUACAAAGGGAAGUGGCAUGGUGACGUGGCGGUGAAGAUUUUGAAGGUUACAAAUCCUACACCAGAGCAGUUUCAGGCCUUUCGCAAUGAAGUAGCAGUUCUCAGGAAGACGAGACAUGUCAACAUCCUGUUGUUUAUGGGCUAUAUGACGAAGGAUAACUUGGCGAUCGUGACUCAAUGGUGUGAAGGAAGCAGCCUGUACAAGCACUUACAUGUGCAGGAGACCAACCUGCAGAUGUUCCAGUUGAUUGACAUCGCCAGGCAAACAGCUCAGGGCAUGGAUUAUCUGCACGCAAAGAAUAUCAUCCACCGGGAUAUGAAGUCAAACAACAUCUUCCUACAUGAGGGUUUGACGGUGAAGAUUGGAGACUUUGGUUUGGCUACAGUGAAGUCUCGUUGGAGUGGCUCUCACCAGGUGGAGCAGCCCUCUGGGUCCAUUUUGUGGAUGGCUCCCGAGGUUAUCCGAAUGCAAGACAACAAUCCAUACAGUUUCCAGUCAGAUGUGUACUCUUAUGGCAUUGUCCUUUAUGAGCUAAUGACCGGAGAACUGCCUUACUCCAUGGUUGCCAAUAGAGAUCAGAUCAUCUUCAUGGUAGGUAGAGGAUACCUUUCUCCAGAUCUCAGCAAACUGUACAAGAGCUGUCCCAAAGCCAUGAAAAGACUUGUUGCCGAUUGCAUCAAGAAGUCCAAGGACGACAGGCCGCUGUUUCCACAGAUUCUCUCCUCCAUAGAGCUCCUUCAACACUCCCUGCCCAAAAUCAACCGCAGUGCCUCUGAACCUUCGCUUCACAGAGUCACUCACACUGAGGAUAUCAAUAUCUGCGCCCUCACCUCCACCAGACUGCCUGUGUUUUAGUAGCUCUGGCUGUAAUGAGUGCCCAAAGGUCUCAGGAUGAUCACAAAUU